AUUUUCGCCCGACACUUGGACUAGCACCGGGAUGCGUCUUUACAUCGGAGCUUGCCGCCAUGGCACUAAGACCUUUGGGCUUCAUCCUCGCGGCGAUCGCCGCUCUCCAACAGUUAAUUUUUAUUGAAUGCUGCGCCCGGACGAAUUUGGACAGGACGACGAGGGUGAUCAAAACGACCACGCCGCGAGUCCUGACGAGCUUCAAAUUCGGCGACGCUCUGUUCCUCCGACUCGAGGCGUUGACAACCACAACCACGACCACGGAGGCGCCAAUGAAGAAAACCACGGACAGCAGUUCGAUGUACACCAACAGGUACGACCACGUGGCCAUCGAGAAUGUGCUCAGCAGUCCAAGGCUGAUGAAGAACUUCCACUGGUGCAUCAUGGGUCGCGGGCCGUGCACCAGCGAAGGCGCCGAACUCAAAAAAAUUAUACCAGAGGCUCUGAAAUCCGACUGCUCUCGCUGCACAGAGAGGCAGAAGGUCCAGGCUGGAAAAGUUCUCCUCUACCUUCUACAGCACAGACCUGAAUGGUGGAAAGAGCUUGUGGAAAAAUACGACCCUGAUGGAAGACUCAGGAAGAAAUACGAAUAUGAAUUAGACGAGUAAUUUUUUUGUGAUAGACCGAAGUGAUUCCGAGAUGUUAAAAUUUCGUGAAGGCCAGUGAUAUUUUUUUGUGAGCGUCUUUUUU